GUUGAUUGGGGUCAACUGGACUAUUUAGUUGUUGACAUGCCACCAGGAACAGGAGACGUGCAGUUAUCAGUUUCACAGAAUAUCCCUAUUUCAGGUGCUGUGAUUGUCUCUACACCUCAGGACAUUGCGCUGAUGGAUGCACACAAGGGUGCUGAGAUGUUUCGAAAGGUCCACGUGCCGGUUCUUGGACUUGUCCAAAACAUGAGUGUCUUCCAGUGUCCAAAAUGUAAACACAAAACCCAUAUUUUUGGUGCUGAUGGUGCAAGAAAAUUAGCACAGACCCUUGAUCUUGAUGUUCUAGGAGAUGUCCCCUUACACCUCAGUAUAAGGGAAGCUUCAGAUAAGGGUCAGCCUGUGGUGUUUUCACAGCCUGAAAGUGAGGAGGCCAAAGCUUACCUGCACAUUGCUUCAGAAGUGGUAAGAAGAUUGCAACCACCUCCAGAAUGAUGCCCAAGUGCCCUGGAAAUUGUCCUGGUAUUUGAUAAUCACAGACUGUCAAAAGUGAGCAUUGUGGUAGUGUGUGGAACCCACGAAAAUGAUGACAGUCAUGAUUAUUUUCUUUCAUUUUUAAAGAAAUGUCUCAUUUUCAGAUUUGAUUUGACAGCCCAUGACACACAAAUAAAGUUUGUAUGUAUCUAUGCUGA